GCUGCUUGGAACUCCUCUUACUUUGAAGUUCACAAGUUGUUCAACUUUUCCCCCGACUAACACUUCAGUGGCACUUUCUUGAUGAGAUUUAUGCGCUCCGUUGUGUUACACGCUGACUUGGAACUGAGCUGUGAUCAUAUUGGCACUUGGUGACGCGCAAUGGCUCCUUUUGGAAGAAACCUUCUAAAAGCGCGUUUGAAGAACAGGUCUAAGGCUGCAGAAGAAACUCCAGGGAAAGAAAUCCAGGUGCUGGUAUGUCAGGAAGAAAAAGUACUCUGUGGUGUGACCAAGCACACAACCUGCGCUGAUAUGGUUAAGGCUUUAUUGGAAGACCACAAAACUAUACCAGAGAUUAAGAGGCUCUUACAUGGAGAACCUAAAGACUUCUGCAUCCUGGAGAGGUGGAAGGGAUUUGAGAGGGCUUUGCCUCCUCUCACUCGAAUUCUCCGGCUUUGGAAUGCUUGGGGUGAUGAGAGACCUUUCAUACAGUUUGUCCUGGUAAAGACCAGCGAAUUUGUGCCGUCAUCCAAGGGAACUAAGAGGAUGUUGAAGUCUCGGGGUACGAGAUCUAAGAGACGGGACCAGGGACCUGCACAGUCUGCCAAGACUGUGUCUGCAGAGAAGCAAAAGCGCAUGGUGAAGAAGGCCUUUCGCAAACUGGAGAAGAUCCGAGCGAUAUCAGAAGGCUCUGAAGAGAUCAACAAGUUGGUGCAGUUGAUCAUCACCCAGGACCAGACCAUUUGGCAACAGAUUCAUGGGAUGCAUAACCUAGACCUGGAGAUUGAAUGUGUGGAGCAACAGCUGAGGAACAGCCCCACACCUCACUCCAGUCUCACUGAGAGUGCAGACGGUGAGUCAAUGACCCUGUCCAUGUCCCAAUUUGAUGACCACCUGCAAGAGUACCUCUACACCAGUGAUGGAAUAGAGCAACUAGAACUACAUGUGUGCAGACACCGAGAACUCAUUAACCAGCUUUCUCAAGACAUUGAAUUGGAGCUGAAGCGCAGUGCUUGGAUCUCUGAUUCAGAUGAUUUGAAAGGAGCAGCAGCUGCUAGUCCAGAACUGAAGCUGAAAUUGGGCCUCUCCUUGACCUCCUCAGAUCUUUUGGAGAUGGAAAGCUUACGCAAUGAACUUGAGUCUAGCAUGCGAGAAGGGCUCUUGCUCCAUACCCAAACCCAUGAAAUCGAGAAGGAACUACAGCGGAACAAAACAGCCCUGCAAUCCCGGGACCAAGAAUACCAGCAUCUUGUUGCUCAACUCAGUACACUGGAGCUGGGGGCCUGUCCAGACCAGUCUAGCCCUGCAUCUUUGAAGAGCCAGAUCAGGGCUACUGUCUCUCAGCAAACAGUCACCAAGGUGAGACAGACAUGCCCCCCUAAUGCAACAGACACAGAUUCAGACACUGGAAUAAGCUCUACUCACAGUCAGGACUCACUGUCCCCCUGUGUGGACAGGUCACCUCCUCUGGACACUGAUGUUUAAAAAAGCUGAACAAAUAUGCUUUAAUCCAUACUGCAUUUAAUGACUCCAACAAAAAACUCUAACAACCAUUUAUUGUGCUUUUACAGUUAUAACUAUAUUACAGUGCCACUUUGGAAGCAUAGAUGAAAUGAACUGUUCAAGUGAAUUAAUUUUAUGUCUAUAGACCUUAUUCACGCUAGCAGCAUCUUUGAUUUUUAAUGGGAAUGACAACGACGCUGUGAGGGAUAGACUUAGUCUCUUCAACGGGUUGUACUGCAGUGUAAAAUGUUUUUGGAUCGUUCCAUGGACAAAAUAUCGAUAAAAUAUCUGUUCAAGAACAUUCAGUAUACAAAGAACUCCAGACAACAUGAGUUGUGGAAAAUUAUAUGUGAUCUAGGAGCUUUAUACAGUCUAUCCCUCACAGCCUUGUUGUCAUUCCCAUUAAAAAUCAAAGCUGGCGCUAGCGUGAAUAAGGUCUAUUGUCUUGCUUUUUCCUCUUUAUUAGAUUUCAUAUGCACUUAAAGUCCAAAUGGAGUGUGUGAAAGACUCUCAAAAGUUUGAAAAAUUUCCACCAAAACAAUAACAUAUAAGAAAAAACAAAAACAAAACAAAAACCAUCUCAUUUUUUGGGUUCAACUUAGAAAGUGACCUUCUAGUUUUGUGUUAAAUUGAAAGUUACUCUGCUGAUAUUUAUUAAGCCCAAAUGUUCUACAACUUGAAAUCAUUUGUACGAGAUGGCGAAAUCUUAAUAUAUCGUACAACUAGGCUUGUACGAAAAGAUACAACACUAACAAAUCAACAAACAGAAUUUUAAAACAUCACGUUUUUGGCAAGGCUCCAAUCUGACAUUUUAAGAAAGGGAAUGUCAGUGAUCAAAUUUUGUUAGUCAUUUCAUAUUUAUUUAUUCAAUAGAAAUGACUGAUGUAUGUUAAUAACCUGUAACACACUUCUCUCGUCUUAUUCCAAACCCCAAUGUUUUCUUCCAUGGUACUUAAAAUGUAUUUUCCCAUUAAAAUCUGUUGGAUUAAGGGUUUGGGCAAGGGGUUACACUUUAUGGUUAUGUUUGGGUUAGGGGUUAAAUUUUGGAAAACUACAUAAUUCGUUGGUUUGUUUAGUUUUUUCUAUUGCAAUAAAAGUUGUACAUUUCUUUUUGAGCCAACUCGUAAGAUUUCGCCAUCUCAUAUUAAUUAUUGCACCUUGUCAUGAGACCAGGUGGUGUGAAAUACUUGCAUUCACAUACUGUAAAUACAGAGUUCAGUUAUGAAGAUUUCCUAAUAAGAAAUGUUACAAGUCAAGACAUUUUUGAAGAAAAUAAAUGUAUGAAUCUUAUCUUUGUAAAUAAGUUGAUAACAAUAUAAAGAGAACAUAAAAUUGUUUUAUAUUAAAACAUCAUAUGGACUCUGUAUUUAUAAGCUUUACUUUUGAAUCUGCUUUUUAGAAUGACUUUCAAAAUGUACAGUAAAAAUUAACAUAACUGCACAUAUUGCAAACUAUAAAGAUAAGUUAUGAUGUAUCACAUAUAAAUGCAUAAUUUAUUGUUAUAUCUUAAAAAUGUUUUCUUUUAUUAUACUAUUUUCAAAUGUACUUUCAACUAUAUUACUUUGUAUUUUCCUUCACACAGAGAGUUUUGUUAGCAUAGCAUAAGCGAUGUGAUGACAUUUCCUCCAUUGUAAUUGCAAAGUAAUCCUUUCUAGUGUGGCACAUUGUAACUUGUACACAAGUCGUGGUCUCACAUUCCCCUCACAGCUAAAGUUGGUUGAAACGGCACUUAGAAAAAUAAUCUAUUCUGACGUUGGUACAAACACAAGUGAGGAAUAUUGGAAUUCUAAAGUGAAAACCUUUGUACAUAGCAUUCAUAAGUACCAGUAAAGAGGCAUCCCAGUCCUUUUUUCUUCAAGUAAUUGCCUCAUUACUCCUUUCUUUAAAACUGCGAACAGACUAAGAAGCCCUAUUAGAGUGUGGUCUCAUUGCUACAUUGAAUUAAUGCAAUGUCUUUAAAGCCAAGUUCCUGAAUGGUGAUAACAUGUUACACUGUUGUCACGCAGCAUGACUUAUAACAAAUGGGAUUUUGAAAAAAGUACCUUGUAAUAAAAAAAGUUAAAUUAU